AUGGAUUUCUUAGAAUAUACCGAUGUAAUCGCAGAAGUUAAAGGAGCUAUGACUCCUGGACGAUUAAAACUCACAGAUCAACAUUUGAUUUUCAAAAAUCAAAAAACAGGAAAAGUUGAACAAAUUUCAGCGACAGAUAUGGAAAUGGUAAACUAUCAAAAGUUUAUUGGUACUUGGGGUCUUAGAAUAUUUCUUAAAAAUGGAACAUUACAUAGAUUUCGUGGAUUUAAAGAAGGUGAUCAAGAAAAAAUUGCAAAAUUCUUUACUCAAAACUAUAAAAAAGAUAUGCUAGAAAAAGAACUUAGUUUAAAAGGUUGGAAUUGGGGUACAGCUAGGUUUAAUGGUUCUGUGUUAAGUUUUGAUGUUGGUCAUCAUACUGCCUUUGAAAUUCCAUUGUAUGAUGUAUCGCAAUGCAACACUGGUAAAAAUGAAGUUACAUUGGAAUUUCAUCAGAAUGAUGAUGCUCCUGUAAGUUUAAUGGAAAUGAGAUUUCAUAUUCCGGUUAGUGAUAGUGCAGAUCAAGAUCCAGUAGAAGCAUUUCAUCAACAAGUUAUGGAAAAAGCAUCUGUUAUUAGUGUCAGUGGAGAUGCCAUUGCCAUAUUUAGAGAAAUUCAGUGUCUUACACCUCGUGGUCGUUAUGAUAUAAAAAUAUUUCAAUCAUUUUUUCAAUUACAUGGAAAAACUUUUGAUUACAAGAUUCCAAUGUCAACUGUUUUAAGGCUGUUUUUAUUACCACAUAAAGAUAAUAGACAAAUGUAUUUUGUGGUCAGUUUAGAUCCACCAAUUAAACAAGGUCAAACACGUUAUCAUUAUUUAGUAUUAUUGUUCAAUCAAGAAGAAGAAACUUCAAUUGAAUUACCUUUUUCUGAAAAAGAAUUAAAAGAAAAAUAUGAGGAUAAAUUACCAAAAGAAUUAUCUGGACCAACUUUUGAAGUUUUAGGAAAAGUAAUGAAAGUCAUUAUUAAUAGGAAACUUACUGGUCCUGGAAAUUUCAUUAGCCAUUCUGGAACACUUGCAAUUAGUUGUUCUUUUAAAGCAGCUGCAGGUUAUUUAUAUCCUUUAGAAAGAGGUUUCAUUUAUGUUCAUAAACCACCAAUUCAUAUUCGUUUUGAAGAAAUUGCAUCAGUUAAUUUUGCCCGUGGUGGAGGUUCUACUAGAUCAUUUGAUUUUGAAAUUGAAUUGACUAGUGGUGUUGUUCAUACAUUUAGUAGUAUUGAAAAAGAAGAAUAUGGGAAACUUUUUGAUUUUAUUACUUCCAAAAAAUUAAGAGUGAAGAAUAGAGGCAAGAGUGAUAAAUUAAAUUAUGAUAAUGAUUUUGGAGAUAGCGAUCAAGAAGAUGAACCAGAUGCUUAUUUAGCAAGAGUUAAAGCUGAAGCAGAAGAAAGAGAUGCAGAGGAAAAUCAAGAUUCUGAAGAGGAAUCUACUGAUGAAGAUUUCAAUCCUAAUCAAGAUGAGAGUGACGUGGCAGAAGAAUAUGAUAGUAAUCCAAAUAGUUCAGAAAGUGAAAAUGAUUCAGAUGUUUCUGGAAAAAGUCAAAAAAAAGAAAAAAAGGAAAAGAAAGAAAAGAAAUCAAAAUCUGCUAAAACUGUGUCAGAAAAACCAAGAAAACCUCGAACAAAAAAAGAAAAGGAUGCAAAUAAACCAAAAAGACCACCAACUGCAUUUAUGAUGUGGUUAAACAGUGCUCGAGAAAGGAUUAAAGCUGAAAAUCCUGGAAUUGCAGUUACAGAAAUUGCAAAAAAGGGUGGAGAAAUGUGGAGAGAACUUAAAGAUAAAUCUGAAUGGGAACAAAAAGCAGCAAAAGCAAAAAAAGACUAUUCUGCAUCAAUGAAAGAAUAUGAAGCUAGUGGUGGUGGUCAAAAAGAUAAAAAAGAAAAAGGAGAAAAGAAAAAAAAGAACAAAAAAGAAUCUCCUAAUAAGCUUAUGUCAGGAACCAGUUUUAAAAGUAAAGAAUAUAUUAGUGAUGAUGAGAGCAGUAGCGAUGAGGACAAUAAGAAAUCAGAAAAAAAAGGAUCAGAUGAAGAUAGUGACAAAGAAAAAAAAAAAGGAGAUAAACGUACUGCGGAAGAUGAUGAUAAAAAAGUGAAAAAAGGAAAGAAAGAAGAAUCUGAUGAAGGUAGUGAUGAUGAACCUAUUGAAAGUACUCCACCUUCUAGCGAAGCAGAAUUUAAAGAUAGUGAUUAAUUAAUUAUAAUUUGUAAUUUUUCCUUUAAUUUUUUUCUAUAUACAAGUACGUAUUAUUUAAUAUUUUUAAAAAAAUUAAAAUGUGUUCUAAAAUAAUAUACUGAAUAUUUAUACA